AUGAGUUUGCUACUGAGGUUCUCAAGUGGCUUGAUCGUCUAUUCAGACACUGUAGCCAACCGAUUGUCAACCGUCGGUGGUAACAGUUUGGGCCAGUCAUCGGGCCCGUGUACGGUCGUCGACGUUUGUUCCACCGCUGCAGACGCCCUGGGAGGCUGUCCGACUUUCUUUGAUUCGCUCUUUAGUUCUCUCUCGUCACAACUAAAUCAUUCCCACGUUCAACUCUCUCCGGCCGGCGUUGCAGUACUGCAAACACCCUCCCGUCACCUCGGCCCAACUCUCGCACAGCAUACAUGUUCUCAGUGGCCAGUCUUUAAAAUAGACGACGUCAAAGUUCGCCAUGGCCUUUACAACUUACUCGCGGUCUGUGGCACUGGUCUUUACCUGCUGAAGCCAGUUGCCGUCGCUCUAUUCGCCAAGUGGGUGCCAGCAGCGCUCUGCCCCAACGAGAAUCCAAUUUCCCAGAUCAGUGGACAUUCACCUACAGGCUGGCGAGCCUGUAGUGAUUUACUCGCCCGCCCGCCGAUUCCACAGCUCCUUCGAGAACUGUACACCGCGCCUGGACUGUACCUCAAGCAUCUCGUGUACAUACCAAAGAGCAGCACUACAGGCGGUAGUUCUGGAAAGACUAGCGGAUCCGGGGGCGUGGCCUCUGGAACUGACCAAAGUCGAAGAAGGAAGAGAGCUACCAAGUCAAGCGGGAGCACUGCUUCUAGCACCACGAGCCGCGGGCCUGGUGGAAAACGCCCGCGUGUCGCAGUCGCCCCCAAAGCCAAAGCGGUCAGGAAGGGGAGGCUUUUCGCGUGCCACUUCUACGCGCACGACACUGUCGCCCAUGAGUGCUGCCGCCAUUACAAAUUCGACGAAGUUAGGGACAUUAAGAGACACUUGACAGAAGAGGGCAGGGGCAACCACCGCCAGCCCAUUCACUGUGUCAUUUGCUUUUCCUUGUUCACCACAUUCGCAGAACGUAGUGCACAUAUAAGGUCACGAACAUGCCGCCCCGGUGUCUGUGAUUUCGAUGCUUCUGGACUCAAUGAAGACCAAAUAGCCUCUAUUCGAGGACUGAAGAAGUCUCGCGGUGAAGAUGAGAAGGAAUUCUGGUUUAAGAUCUGGGACAUUGUCUUUCCGGGCGAGCAGAGAUCUGCGUCGCCCUACUCUGACGAUGUCGACGAGCUUGCGACAAAACGACGAGUAGCGCCCAGAAUGGCUGUUGGUGUGCAGCAGCUUGGGCUACAGUUUGGGUGGAAUGACCACGUCGUCCAGGCAGUCAUUCGCGUGUUGGACAACAGCUGGGGUCCAGGCCCGGGAGUGUCACCAUUGCCAGUCGAGCAGCACAAUUAUCCUCAUGCUGCGAACGGCAUUCGGGAGCCACCGACUUCACCUUCAUUUCACCCCUCCAGGUCAUCCUCGCGCUCUGCCCAGAACCAGGUGUUUCCCAAUUUCAGUCCCACGGCGGCUUCUCUUAUGUCUCCCCCAAACUCAUUGGGUCCGACAAACAUAACCUACAUCGAUGAAUCGCAACCCCGCUCAACGUUUGAUCCCUUUCAGAGCUCAUAUCAACCGUUCAAUGCUCCAAGGAACUCCCAUCAGGCUCGGGCAGCACACAUAUCAUACAAUUUGGCAUUAAUGAAUCACCAUGGCCCCGGUGCUCAGCAGCACUGGACAGCUCACCAAACCAACACGUCUGGCUUCAGAACAAAUCCCAUGCUCAACACCACCUCCCCCCGAGUGCACUACACAGCCAUCGGACAAGCUCAAGCGCCUUUUCAUUCGCCAGAACCCGGCGUCAACUUCUCUCCGCAAGGGCUGAAUCAGCGACAACGAACCAUCAACCCGGUCAUUACCGACACCUGGGCGCGUCUCCUCGACGAACAUACAAUCGCGGCCGACGACGAAGGUUAUCCGUCACCGAGCAACCUCCUCCCGCCAGAACACUGCGAAUGCCAGCGUGAGCCCGGAGGGUCUCCAAAGACGUGCUUCUUACACUACUGA